AUGGCAGUGCGUGCUAAAUCAACCGCGAAGCCGGCGCCGGCCGAUCUUUUGAACAAUGACAGUGUCUCGCCUACUCCUAAAGUAAAGGCAACUCUUGACCCUGAAUCCGAAGACGAUGUUCCAAUUGAGCCGGAGGAGCUCCAAGAGGCUCUGGGGAGGCCACCGCCUGUCCAUAGCAGCUAUCUCCCUCUUCCUUGGAAGGGCCGACUAGGAUAUGCUUGUCUAAAUACAUACUUGCGAUCUUCGAAUCCUCCAGUCUUUUGCUCCCGCACUUGUCGCAUUGCCUCCAUACUCGAAUACCGCCAUCCACUACGAGACCCCGACCAGCCAGCGCAUGCUACGAAGAACCGCCCAGACCGUAGCCUGCCUGCAGAUGUUGCGCGGGGACAGACCUUUGUCGAGUCCUUGGGACUGGCGAAUGCGCGCGAUUUGGUGAAAAUUAUUCGUUGGAACGAUAAAUAUGGCAUUAAGUUCAUGCGACUCAGCAGUGAGAUGUUUCCGUUCGCCAGCCACAAAGAGUAUGGAUAUAAGCUGGCCCCAUUCGCAUCUGAGGUGUUGGGCGACGCGGGACGUGUUAUCGCAGAACUUGGCCAUCGAGUUACGGUGCACCCAGGACAAUUCACCCAGCUUGGGUCUCCCAAGAAUGAGGUUGUGGAGGCAUCGUACCGCGAUUUAGAUUAUCACUCAGAGUUGCUACAAUUAUUGAAAUUGCCGCCGCAGCAGGACCGCGAUGCAGUCAUGAUUUUACAUAUGGGCGGGGUCUUCGGUGACAAGGCUGCAACCCUGGACCGGUUCCGUGAGAAUUACGCUCGUCUCUCGCAGGAUAUCAAAAAUCGACUGGUGCUGGAGAAUGACGAUGUCAGUUGGUCGGUCCACGACCUGCUCCCCGUCUGCGAAGAAUUGAAUAUUCCGCUCGUUCUCGAUUACCACCAUCACAACAUCAUUUUCAACUCCGACGAGGUUCGUGAGGGCACCCAAGACAUCAUGGCCCUUUACGACCGUAUCGCGGCAACAUGGUCGCGAAAGAAUAUUACGCAGAAGAUGCAUUAUUCCGAACCCGAGGCAUCUGCGAUCACCCCGCGACAACGCCGCAAACAUAGCGCGCGGGUAUCUACCUUGCCACCCUGCAUACCUACCAUGGACCUCAUGAUCGAAGCCAAGGAUAAAGAGCAAGCAGUGUUCGAGCUGAUGAGAACGUUCAAGCUGCCUGGCCACGAGCUUGUCAACGAUAUCAUCCCAUUCAUUCGCACAGAUGAAAACAAACCCAAAAAAGGGUCUCGCAAAAGUAAGAAAAACAGCGAAUCCCCUGAGCCGGAAAGCCCUGGACAGUCUGUCCCUGAAGAGGAAGAAUGGCUUCGUCCUGAGAAGAGAAUUCUCCGCCCUAAAACAGAAGCGAGUUCAGCAAAGAGCCCACGAGCUAAAAAGGUCAAGGUCGAAGCAACUGAACAAGACUCCGUCCAUAUGAGACCUGCCAAGAAGGCAACAAAGGCAGCUCGUUCGCCCGCGAAGGCUCGCACAAAGCGCAAGGCAGAAGAAAUUGAGUCUACCCCCGAAACAGAGGAGUUUAGCUCUCCUGCCGAAGCAGAGCUCACGCCACAGAAGACUGUUUCUCGACGAAGUAGCCGCGCGAAAAAGGUGAGCUACACCGAGGACAGCGCAUGA